AUGUCUAAUGUAUUGGAAAAUAAUGAUUUUCUAUUAGAACGUCAUUUAAGUAGUGAAGAAAAAUAUACUUACUCAAGGCAUCUCUUAAAACUAAUUAAUGGAUCUAUGGAAUUAAGAAAUUGGCAUCGUGGUGAAAAAUUUUGUACUAUCUUACGUUCAAUAAAUCCUGAUCAUGAUGAAUGUUCUGUUAAAUGGUGUGAGUGCUUAUUUCAAUUAGGUGAUUAUCAUGCAGUUUUAAGAAUUGUUAAUGAAGAAUAUAUUGAAAAAUUAGAUAAUAAAAUUUGGAUAAAAAUUCCUUUAUUAAUAUUUAAAGCUGAUAGUGAAUUUAAUAUUGGUCAACAUACUUUAUGUGCUGAAACCUUGAAUUCAACUUUGAAGUAUAUUAAACAUUUAGAAAUAUUACAAAAUUUAGAAUAUAAAGAAGAAUUACUAUUAAAACAGUAUACAACUCGUAUAUUACUUUUACAAUCUCGUAUUUAUGAGUUAAAUAAUAUGAUAUCUAAAGUUAUUACUACUCUAGAAUAUAUCUUAUUAAAAUAUGACUAUUUAAACAUACAAACAAUUAAAAAAAUAUUUUGUACAUAUUUUUUAACAAAACAACAAAAAAUCAAUAUAUUUAAUAAAUGGAUUGUCAAUAUUCCUAAUAAUUUUCGUUGGAUAUCAGAUAUAGUUUCUCUUAGAAUCUUAUAUGAUCAUUGGAAUCAGGAUAGAAAAUUUGAGGAUCUUUUUUUUAAUAAAAAAGAAAUAAAUUUUGAAGAAAUAAAUAAAUCAUUAUUAUAUGAAAUACUUGGAAAUAUUCCACAAUAUGUGUUUAAUACUUGUUUUUUUAGAGAACAUAGAAUAUGCCUAUUAUGGAAUAUUGGAAAAUUAUCCACUCUUAUUAAUGAAUUAAGCCAAUUAAAUCCUAUUAAUCUUAUUUCUCAAGACAAAAUUAUUGUAAUUUAUGCAUGUGCUUUAACAGAAUGUAAAGAUACUGGAUCUAUUUUAAAACUUUCACAGAUAGUAAAUAAAAAAGCUCCAUUAUCAGCUAUUUCACUUUUUAUUAUGGGAUGUUAUUAUUUUAAUCAAAAUUUAUACUCAAAAGCAAUUCAUUUAUAUAGAAAAACUAUAGAAAAAGAGCCUGGAUUUUUUGAAGCUUAUUUAGCAUUAGGACAUUCUUUAGCAAUGGAUAAUAAUUAUGAUCAAGCAUUAGCAAUAUAUGAAUCUUUACAAAAAAAUUGGAAGGGGAGUUAUUUAGGGGUUUUUUAUCAAGGAAUUGAGUAUAUGAGAAAUAAAAAACUUGAUUUAGCUUAUGAAUUUCUAAAAAAAUCUUAUCAAUUAGCUCCUUAUGAUCCAUAUGUAUUAAAUGAAUAUGGAAUUUUAUUAUUUAAUAAUAAGAACUUUGUUGAGGCUUCUUCUAUUUUUAGACAGGCUUUACAAAAUUGUGAUACAGAUCAUUUUACUAAAAGAGAUUUAUAUUACAAAAUACAAGCUAAUCUUGGACUAUCAUUAGUAUGGUCUUAUAUAUAUACAUCUAGUUGUACUGAAGAUAAUAUUUUAGAUGAAGCAAUUAAUUGUUUAAAUCGUUAUAUUAAAGUUCACCACUUAAAGACGAGUCCUUCAAUUAAACUAGGACUUGCUAUAUCAUUACAUCUACGUGCAUAUUUCGAAGAAGCUAGUAAAUUAUACCUUUCUUUAAUGUCUGAACAAUAUUUUAAUUCUCAAUUACUACAAUUAUUACACUCAAUGUGUAUAGAUUGUAAUAUAUCUUAA